CGUUGAGCGGAGUCGCAGAGAGUGCGAGGGCGAGGCCGGAGCGUCAGGGUCCGCAGUGGGCGGGCGCGGGUGUGCGGUCCGGGGACGCUCGGGCGGUGCGGACCGAUAGGGACGGCGAGACCGGACCGGCGCGGCCUCCUCAGCGGCUCUGCUGGCCCAGGGGACGGUGAGGCCCGAGGGCGCAGAUCCCAGCCCGGGAGGGAUGCUGGGGCCUGUCUGGUCGCUCUCGGGGCCCCGAGCGAUCUGCGCCUGCGCGAAACCACAGCUCACCGCAGUCCCCAGCCUGCCGGGCCAGGGAGGUUGGCGACUGUUGGGCCGACGCAGGACAGCCGCACAGCCUUGGGCUGCAUGGAUGGGCUGUGAGGACUAGACGUGCCUCUGUUUCACUCCUUUGUGUAUUUCCAAGAACAGCAGGAAAUGAAUACAUCUCUGGGGCCAGUGUCAUUCAAGGAUGUGGCUGUGGCCUUCACCCAGGAGGAGUGGCAACAGCUGGACUCUGAUGGGAAGAUGACAUAUAGGGAUGUGAUGCUGGAGAAUUACAACAACCUCAUCUCUGUGGGGUAUCAUAUUAUCAAACCGGAUAUUAUCAUCAAGUUGGAGCAAGGAGAAGAGCCAUGGAUAGUUGAAGGCGCAGUCCCACCUCAGAGCUAUCCAGAUGAAAUCUGGCAAGCCAGUGACUCUAUGGAGAGAAUCCAAGGAGAUGAAGAGAAACAUUCAAAGUCAACUGUGUUUAUUCACAAAAGCACGAUUGAAAAGAGAGGUGAAGUUUCCAGUAAAGCUGUUAAUGCGGAAAUGAACCUUAUUCCUUUGAGAAAAAAAGCCUCUAAAUGCAACUCAUGUGAGAGGAACUUGACAUGUGUGUCUGAAUUUAUUAGUAGUGAUGGAAGCUAUGCAAAAAUGAAGCCCAAUGAAUGCGGUGAAUGUGGAAAAACCCUCCACAUUAAGCUUGAGAAAACACAUUUAGGAGAUGACUCUUACGAAUUUAGCCAAAAUGAAGGUGCUUACACUCUAAGAGAAGAAAAUAUUUAUCAGAAAAUUCAUAUUUUGGAGAAGCCGUUUGAGUAUGUUGAAUACCAGAAAGCCUUCCCAAAGGAUACUGUUUUUGUUAAUCACAUGGAAGAAAAGCCCUAUAAUUGGAAUGGAUCUGAAAUAGCCUUUCUCCAAAUGUCAGACCUCAGUGUCCACCAGAGUUCUCACAUGGAAAUGAAGCCCUACGAGUGCCGUGAGUGUGGAAAGACCUUCUGCAAAAAGUCAAAAUUUGUUAUACAUCAGAGAACUCACACGGGAGAGAAACCUUAUAAGUGUAACCAAUGUGGAAAAUCCUUCUGCCAGAAGGGAACCCUCACUGUCCAUCAGAGAACCCACACAGGGGAGAAGCCCUAUGAAUGUAACGAAUGUGGAAAAAACUUCUACCAGAAGUUACACCUCAUUCAGCAUCAGAGAACUCACUCAGGAGAGAAGCCCUAUGAAUGUAGUUACUGUGGAAAAUCCUUUUGCCAGAAGACACAUCUGACACAGCACCAGAGAACACAUUCAGGAGAGAGGCCCUAUGUUUGUCAUGACUGUGGAAAGACCUUCUCCCAGAAGUCAGCGCUUAAUGAUCACCAGAAAAUUCACACAGGUGUGAAACUCUACAAGUGCAGUGAGUGUGGGAAAUGCUUCUGUCGCAAGUCUACUCUCACAACCCACAUGAGGACACACACAGGAGAGAAGCCCUAUGAAUGCAACGAAUGUGGGAAGUUCUUCUCUAGGUUGUCAUACCUUACUGUACAUUACAGAACCCAUUCAGGAGAGAAACCCUAUGAGUGUACAGAAUGUGGGAAAACCUUCUACCUGAACUCAGCCCUCAUGAGACAUCAGAGAGUACAUACAGGAGAGAAACCUUAUGAAUGUAAUGAAUGUGGAAAGUUAUUCUCACAGUUGUCAUACCUCACUGUACAUCAUAGAACUCACUCAGGAGUGAAACCCUAUGAAUGUAGUGAAUGUGGGAAAACCUUUUACCAGAAUUCAGCCCUUUGUAGGCACCGGAGAAUUCAUAGAGGGGAGAAGCCCUAUGAAUGUUACAUAUGUGGAAAGUUCUUCUCACAAAUGUCAUACCUUACUAUACAUCAUAGAAUUCAUUCAGGAGAGAAACCCUAUGAAUGCAGUGAAUGUGGGAAAACCUUCUGUCAGAAUUCAGCCCUUAAUAGACACCAGAGAACACACACAGGCGAAAAAGCCUAUGAAUGUUAUGAAUGUGGAAAAUGCUUCUCUCAGAUGUCCUAUCUCACCAUACAUCACAGGAUUCAUUCAGGAGAGAAACCCUUUGAAUGCAAUGAAUGUGGGAAAGCCUUCUCUCGGAUGUCAUACCUCACUGUGCAUUACAGAACCCACUCUGGAGAGAAGCCCUAUGAAUGUACUGAAUGUGGGAAGAAGUUUUACCAUAAGUCAGCAUUCAAUAGCCAUCAGAGAAUUCAUAAGAGAGGAAAUGUGAAUGUAGUUGAUGUGGGAGGGGUUCUUUAAAGUCAUACAAUCCUUUAAAUGAACUCAAAACUCCUAUCUGGAGUCAAGUACCAAUGUACAGUUGGCCACUAGCACAGGUAGUUUCCAUAUUCAUGAAUUCAACCAAAAAUAAGAAAAUGUUUUAUCUGUUUUGAAUAUGUAACGACUUUCUUGUUAUUCCCUAGACAAUAUAAUACAUUAUCCAUUUACAUUGCAUUUAUAUGAUAUUAAGCAUUAUAAAUAAUCUAGAGAUGAGUUAAAGUAUAUGGGAGAGUUAUGUAGGUUAUAAAAGUUCUCAUUUUACAUAAGGAUUUGACAGUGCCGAUUUUGGUAUCUAUGGGGUCCUACAACUGCACUUUCACAUUAUCAAGGGACACCUGUAUGUUAGCUCAGAGGUGAGCAGAAACAAGCCCUUGUCAGUUAGACUAAUCUGAAAAUUCACAGGACAGAAACCACAUUUAUAACAAGACUACAUAGAUACCAGACUAUACAGGAGUGAAAAUAUAUAAAUACAUUUCAAUAUGACAUCAAACUGCUUAGGGAAUUGUAUUAAGGAAUGUGGAAAACACUCCUUUGGAAACAACAUUAAAAGAUGUUUGAUUUUUUUUUACUGUAAAAAGUAAAAGUGAAGAUACUCAGCUAUAAAUAAAUAUACUCCAUAAAUACAAGACAUAAAAAGAAUAGCAUAGUUUACAGCAUUAAGCCUACACAUAAACAGUUACCCAGGAACAUAAGAAUUAGGGUUUCUUGUUCUUUUUCUAGUAUGUAACAUUACAAAAAUCAUAUGUUGUUUGAAUCAUGUUUGGGAAAGUAUCUUUAAUUUGUAACAUAUAGUAAGAUCCAUUCUAACUAAGCUUACCAUUAUGUUAGUAUCUUAAUAUGCACUGUCCCUGACGUAUUUGAUAGGUAUGAAUUGUGCUUUUUCAGGCAUUCUUCCUUGGAUUUUAAAACACAUUUGGUCAUUGUUAGUUAAAUAACAGCCUCUAUAAAGAAAACCAUUUUAUGUUAUGAACUAUAGCAAAGGUAGAAAUAUAUGUAUAAAAUAGAGAACUCUGUAUAGAUUAAUUGUAAAUUAAGCCAGAAGUCUCCAAGAGUGAAAAAUAGCUUUGGCACUUGCCAUACUCUGUACAAAAACUACACCUAGAAUGUUCCCGUUUCUAGUAGCUAUUCAUCCACUUUUUUAUUCAGGUGCUUACAUAAGUGUAUAGAGCACAAAUGCUGGGUAGCAUUGUUCUUUUUUAAUUUGGUAUACUAGUGUUUAUCAGUGUUCUCUGCUCUCAUCACUGUAGUAAUUCAGGGCACGUUAAUUUUCCCUGCCUCUCCAUCAUUCCUUGCUCUUUGACAGCAGAGUCUGGCUAUCCAUUCCUCCUUAAAAGAUAGGAGAUAAAUCCUGGUAAGUUUUUAAAUUGGUAGUGAUAGUCCUUUCUCAUGGCCAGAAAUUGGUCUAUAAUGCCCAUAGGACCCAAGUCCAAAAUGAUUAAGAGAGGGGAUAAGUCAAAGAUUGUUUCCAGAAAAGGUUUCCUCAAAGAUUAAAGGUUUUGAGCAAGGCAAAGCAGAAUCUUGGGCAUCACUGUCUGGAUGAGAUACCAGGUAACAUCUUCCAGCAGUGGAUUUGAUGUUAUCAUGGCCUUUACAGAAAGACUAGAAGAACCCAGAACCUGAAUGAUGUCACUGAGCCAGUGAACCAGCUACACUUGUAGCACUCCUAUGUCUGGACUAUUUCUUUUAUGAAAGACUGUUUCUAAGCCUGUUGACUAAGAAUGUUCAGUUACUAAUGACAGAAUACAUUCUAACUGUACAGAGUUACACUUUGUAGGAGUUAUGUAAUUCAGGAAUGGACUUUAAGUAAAUUGAUUAUUUUGAUGUGUUAUUAGAAGAUGUAUUGUCUGUAAAUUUGGAUGUAAAUAAUCUGAGCACUGGAAAUGAAUUUGAAACAAUUAAAUGUGUAUGCUUCCUUGA